ACUGAAUAAUUAAUAAUUUCAUUAUUGUAAGAGUUGGAUUUGGUCAAAAUGAGAGUGUGUUUUAUUCCCAGAGUAUAACUCAACUCAAAAACCAUAUGAAAUCCUUAUAUUUGGGGUUACUUGAAAUGUUUCUUAUUCUUUUUUUUCUGUUUUUCCAUGUCAACGUGACUCAGGACUUCUCUUCGAAUGCUGUUUUUUUUUUUUUUUUUCAAUGCAGAGAUCUUUCCUUCUCAGUUCCACAAAUACACAACAUCCACUAUUACUAAACUGGGUUGUUGUAGCUUGAUGCUAAUUGUUAAACCUCCAACGACACCCUGAAUAUGAGAUUGGAAAAUAUCUUGAAAUAUUUCUGACACAGUUUACUGUACAAACUCCUGGACUCAUUUGAGGUUAUGUACAAACUUUAAAAAAAAUUAAAAAGAAGAAAGAAUCUCUGAACCAUUUUACUGUAAUAAAAAGGUUUAAUUGGGGAAAAGAAAUAUGAAUAUACACCAAAAGUUCAUGUUUAAACUCAGGAAAUAUUGUAAGAGAUAGAUGAGGUCUUGUUUGAUUGCAGUAGUUCGCACAAAGACGGAAGUAAAUACAGAUAAAUAGAAAGAUGUAAGAGAGACACAAAUAAAGUUUUGAUAUACAGUAAUAAGAAUACAAAGUGUACAAGAGAAACCUGAGUGUGGAAGCUGGAUGUGUGUUUUCCUGAGCUCUUCCUCUUUCUCUGGGUCACCGUGCACCUCAGCAGACCCUGAGCCCGUGGUCCACCGCCACGGCUCCCUGGGGACCCACUGACGAAAUGCUUCCCCUGGCCGCCGCCACUCGCUGCAUUCCUAUCAGCAUUCCUCUGACCCGCUGACCUCCCGCGACCCCCGAGGGGCCCCUCCUCUCCUGGUGUCCAUGCAGCUGCCUCCUGUCCAUCUUCCCUGUCACGUCGGCCAGAUAAAGAUGUCCUGAGGAGGCUGCCUGCGGCAUGAAGUCAGUAUUUAUUUAUAUUAUAUGAAUUAACCUGUAUGAGAGUUUCAAAUCAAUACAGAGAUAAAUACAGUUGUCUUAUUUAGAUUAGACUCCAUCUGCACAAAUGUCUGGUUUCUGCACUAAAAUAAUACUGAAAGAUACAGAAACUAAUCAACGCUGAUCGUUACAAAUAAAUAAAACAAAACUGAUCUGAAGUCUAGAUGAAAACUACACGUUAAACCAUUUUAAAUAGAAUCAUUCUGAAAACUCUGAAAAAUUGAUGGUUGCAAAAACAAAAAAAGAAAUUAAAAAUCCAGUUAUAUAUAUAUAUAAAUAUAAUUUUAAUAGGCUCUACAUUACAUCAACCUUACAUUACGUCAUGCAAUUACGUCAUUGCCACGAGAAGCCUCAGUUAAUCCCCAAACUGUCUGACAUUAACAUAAACGUUAAACAAGAGUCAUAUUUAUAAUAAAAGUUUAUUGUAGACAUUUUGAGAGUUUAUCAGAGCCAUCCAUAUCACACACAAAAAAAGCGCAUCCAUGGAUUUUAGCCUCAAAUUGAGAAAAACCUUAUGACACCUGUGCAUUGCAUUUCUCCUACUCAGACGCCAGAGGGCGCAAUUGUUUAAUUCUUUUUGUCAAGUUUCAUCCACCGGCUCGUUGAGAAUCAACUGAGAAUUGAACUGCUUUUAGGAUUUGCACCAGUUUUGUGUUUUAAGGCCGAUGAGGAGAAGCAAAGGCAUCAAAGUGCGAUCAGAUGUCAGAGGUGAGACUGUGAGGAUGUGAAGGCUUCGUGUGGAGAAAAGAUUGUUUCUUUAAGACCCAGCAUCCUUCAGAGGAGAGCGAGAGAGAUGAGGGAGGAUGAACGAAGGGAGGUCGUCAAGUUGCGCAGAAACAUCCAGCAGGAGAGCGGAAGCACUGGUUAUUGUCUUCAGAAAAAAUGAGUCCUGACCGGAUGUGAGAUGUCUGUCCUGCGCGCGGCUUGACGCAGCGGGGAGCCGAGAGCGUCGCUCCCUCGGCAGAGACGGGGAGGGGACGGGGGGGAAAUAACCUGCAGCCUCCGUCUCUCGGAUGCUCUGAUGGAGUGAGCCGGGCAGCGAGGCGCCUUCCUUUCCUGUCUCCGUCGACCAUGGACCGGGUUCAUCUCUCGUCUCAGUGAAGCCCAGGCCCAGGGGGGGGGGGGGGGGUCAGAGGUCGCCCACCUGCAACCUGCACUUCUCCCUCUCACUCCUUCGCCCCUUCACCCCUCCACACCCCGCCACACCGAACCCUCAGCGCCCGUCACCUUACUCUGUUUCCCCCAAAAUCACUUUGCACCCACAUCCCCUUUCCUCGUGUCCUCGAGCAUCGUCGCUCAGCACGAGCGUCUUCUGCCCGACGGCCAAUCGGCUGAAAGACCCGUCGUAGGAAAACAAUAACUGUUGAGCGUUUCAUGACGAGAGCCCACCGGUCCUUCGCCGGACACCGCGCUCAGGUGUCCUAGUCGUCUUCUCGCGGUAACGCCCCUCACAUCCAGGACCUCACGAUGAUGUGCGAGGUGAUGCCCACCAUCUCCGAGGACGGGCGCAGCGGGGGAGGAGGCGGCUCCUCUUCCCCGGCCGGCGGCGGCGGAGGAGGGAUGGGCGGAGGGAUCGGAGGCAUCGGCGGCUACGGCAGCCGGGAUUCCCGCAGCGGUAGUGGCGGCGGCACGGAUGAAGGCGGCAGCAUGGGCAACCUGGAGUCGCUGAUGGUGAACAUGCUGACGGAGAGGGAGCGGCUGCUCGAGAGCCUGAGGGAGACGCAGGACUGUCUGGGGACGGCCCACCUGCGCCUGCGAGAGCUGGGCCACGAGAAGGAGUCGCUGUCCAGGCAGCUGUCCAUCGCCCUGCCGCAGGAGUUCGCGGUGCUGACCAAAGAGCUGAACCUCUGCCGGGAACAGCUGCUGGAGAGGGAGGAGGAGAUCGCCGAGCUGAAGGCCGAGCGCAACAACACACGGCUGCUGCUGGAACAUCUGGAGUGCCUGGUGGCCCGUCACGAGCGCAGCCUGAGGAUGACGGUGUUGAAGGGACACACCCAGUCGCGGGCGGGGGUGUCGAGCGAGGUGGAGGUCCUGAAAGCCCUCAAGUCCCUGUUCGAGCACCACAAAGCUCUGGAUGAGAAGGUGCGGGAGAGACUACGGGUGGCCCUGGAGCGAGUGGCCACCCUGGAGGAAGAGCUGCAGACCUCCUCUCAAGAGGUUGUGUCUUUAAAGGAGCAAAUCAAGCGACGGCAGCAAGGACUAGACAACGGCAAAGAGCGGCUUCCCAACGGCCCUUCCUCCAUUUUGGAUGACGGAGAAAUCGACAGCAAGAGAGAGGGCGAGAUCGAGCGGCAGAGGUCGGAGCUGGGGCAGCUGAAAGAGAGACUGGCCCUGAUGUGCAGACAGGUCGGGGAGAUCGAGGAGCAGCUGACGUCGGCCCGGAGGGAGCUGGCCCGAUCGGAGGAGGCCAACCAGAAACUACAGAGGGAUGUGAAAGAGGCACUUUGUCAAAGGGAAGACAUGGAAGAGAGAAUCACCACAUUAGAACGCAGGUACCUGAGCGCCCAGAGGGAGGCAACAUCUCUCCACGACAUAAAAGACAAACUAGAGAACGAGUUGGCCAGCAAAGAGUCUCUCCACAGACAGAGCGAGGAGAAGAACCGGCAGCUUCAGGAGCGCCUCGACGAUGCCAAGCAGAAGCUGCAGCAGACUCUGCAGAGGGCCGAGACGCUGCCCGAGAUCGAGGCCCAGCUCGCCCAGAGAGUGGCAGCACUCAACAAGGCGGAGGAGCGUCAUGGCAACUUUGAGGAGCGACUGCGACAGAUGGAGGCGCAACUGGAGGAGAAGAACCAGGAGCUGCAGAGGGCGAGGCAGAGGGAGAGGAUGAACGACGAACACAACAAGCGUCUCUCCGACACGGUGGACAAGCUACUGUCCGAGUCCAACGAGAGGCUGCAGCUCCACCUGAAGGAGAGGAUGGCCGCGCUGGAGGAAAAGAACGCCCUAUCUGAGGAACUGUCCAACAUGAAGAAACUGCAGGAUGAUCUUAUAGCAAACAAGGAUCAACUGAUAGCGGAGCUGGAAAGGCUUCAGCUAGAGCUGGACCAGCUGAGAGCGAGACCCGGGGGCUCCUAUUCCAGUCGCUCACUGCCAGGUAGUGCUCUGGAGCUGCGGUAUUCCCAUGGGGGCGGGUCCCUCCCAAUGGGUUCCACCACUCACCUGGAUUCCUUCUGUAACACCUCCACCGGGGGCGUGGUCAGGUGGAGCCACCGGGACCGUUGGAGCUCCGCCCGGGAGGAUUCUACCAAGUACACAGACUGGGACAGCACUGGUCUUCUGGGGACUGGGUUCGAUCCGGGCGUGGACGUGGGCUGCUCCGACGACGAGGACGACAGGGAGCCCCGGUUCGGCUCGGAGCUGCUGUCCCCCAGUGGACAGACGGACGUGCAGACCCUGGCCAUCAUGCUGCAGGAACAGCUGGAGGCCAUCAAUAAGGAGAUCAAACUGAUCCAGGAGGAGAAGCAGAACACAGAGUUGCUGGCCGAGGAGAUCGAGAGCCGGGUCAGCGUGGCACUGGACAGUCCGCCCAUGCCCCCGACCUCCCUGGGCAGAGACAGCACAGGACGGGGAUUCAUCCCCUCGUCCAUCACAUCCUCCACCCUGGCCUCCCCCUCUCCGCCCAGCUCUGGACACUCCACCCCUCGCCUGCCGCACUCCCCUGCCCGCGAGACGGACAGACAGAACCACAAAGAUGACGAACGGUCCCUCGCACUCCUCGACUCUACGCCUCCUCCCACUCCUCGUGCGCUGCGAUUGGACAGGAUGGCUCUCACCCACCCAGGCGCGAUGCUCGACGACCCCCGGGACUUUCGCAGUCUCUCGGCAGAUGGCAGCAGCUCCAACAGCAGCCAAGAUUCUCUCCACAAGUCCAGUAAGAGGAACAGCAUCAAGUUUUCCAUCGGUCGCCUGUUUGGAAAGAAGGAAAAGGGGAGGAUGGGCCAGCCUGGGCGGGAUGGAUCUGCUUCUCUUGCGUCCACACCCUCUGAGGACCAGGCCUCUGGAGACCCUAUGGGGAUUAACAAGACCGGGACUCUGGGCCCGGCAGAUAAAGAUCGGCGCAGCAAGAAGAAGCACGAGCUACUUGAAGAAGCAUGUCGUCAAGGACUUCCCUUUGCAUCUUGGGACGGACCCACUGUCGUAUCUUGGUUGGAGCUGUGGGUGGGAAUGCCAGCGUGGUACGUCGCGGCCUGCCGCGCCAACGUGAAGAGCGGCGCCAUCAUGGCCAACCUGUCGGACACGGAGAUCCAGAGGGAGAUCGGCAUCAGCAACCCGCUGCACCGCCUCAAGCUGCGGCUGGCCAUCCAGGAGAUGGUGUCCCUCACCAGUCCGUCCGCCCCGGCCAGCACUCGCUCCUCGACCAGUAACGUGUGGAUGACCCAUGCAGAGAUGGAGUCUCUGAACGCUGCCACCAAGCCUCCGGAGCUGAAAGAGUUCAGCUGGGACCAGAUACUGGCCUACGGCGAUAUGAAUCACGAGUGGGUGGGCAACGACUGGCUGCCCAGCCUGGGCCUGCCGCAGUAUCGCAGCUAUUUCAUGGAGUCCCUGGUGGAUGCACGCAUGUUGGACCACCUGACCAAGAAGGAGCUGAGGGGGCAGCUCAAAAUGGUGGACAGCUUCCACAGGGUCAGUUUGCACUACGGCAUCAUGUGCCUGAAGCGUCUGAACUACGAUCGCAAAGAGCUGGAGAGGAGGAGAGAAGACAGCGCCCACCAGAACAAAGAUGUGAUGGUGUGGUCCAACGAGCGAGUGAUGUGCUGGGUGCAGACGAUCGGUCUGAAGGAGUACGCCGACAACCUCCGCGAGAGCGGCGUCCACGGGGCUCUGCUGGCUUUGGACGACACCUUCGACUACACUGACCUGGCCCUGCUGCUGCAGAUGCCCAAUCAGCACACGCAGGCCAGACAGCUCCUGGAGCAGGAGUACAACUCCCUCAUCUCCAUGGGAACUGAGAGACGACCCGAUGAGGAUGGAAGUAAGACGUUCACCCGCUCGCCCUCCUGGAGGAAGAUGUUCAGGGAGAAAGAUCUCCGGGGCGUGACCUCCGACUCUGCCGAGACCCUGCCUGCUAACUUCCGUGCCUCAGCCAUCUCCACGCCCUCCGUGACCCUGAGAAAGGUUCAGAGUGAUGCCAACUCUGGUGCCCGGGGUGAAUCUGCCUCAGUGAGGACCUACUCCUGUUGAGGGGGAUGAGGACACUGACUGGACUGGGACUGGAGGACCCUCUCGCUCGUCCACGGAGAAGAAGCAAUGAAUAUAAAACAUUUAACUCUGUAAAAAAAAAAAUCUUAUCAGUCUGACCAUUCUGCAAUAACAGAAGCAACGGAAUAAAUGGGGGAAAAUGACA